UCUGAUGAGGUCUCAGUAGUUAAUUUUUGCUUUUGUUUCCCUGGCCUCUGGAGACAUGUUGAGUAAGAAGUUGUGGCCUUUCUGCUUCUUUAGGAACUCGUAGGGUGCUGUGGGGGUGUUGAGGAAAUGCAUCCCGGCUGAGUCAUCCUCCCACGAAUGGUCUUACUUGAAAACUUUCUCUCGGUUUGGUGAUGAGCAUGUCAUCAAGGGGAGAAUCAAUGACCUUAUUGAAAUCAAGGAGCUGCGGUAGAAGGACCUUAGCUUAUUCAACUACAUCAGGACUUUUUUUUUCUUUUUUUAAUGAAUUCAUCUUUAUAUCAGUGUACUUAAGUGACGAUUCUUCUUUGGAAAACUUUAGGAAGAAACAAAAUCCUGAUAUUUCUAAAUCAAUAAAGUCUUCAAAUCCUAUUUUUCAUACUAACAUGUAUGGAUAUUACGUUUAAGAAUUCGAAAGUGGCUCACAGAGGGAAUAUUCUUCAUGUGGAGAGAAAGCUUUUUAAACCAGGUACUAAUUCUCAGAGAGCCUGAACUCUCAGUGAAUGACUGGUCACUACGAGAACAAGUAAAUCAGUAAGUAGUCAGUGACGGGAUAUGAGACAAGAAUAACUGCCGUCAGAGUUCCGUAGGAUGAGCUGGCUUUCUUUUCCUUCGAUGGAUUCCAUGGCUGGAAGACUGACUACUCUCAUCAGUAGCACCUGGCUUGCCGCUGCCUCUGCCUGUAGGAAUAGAAUGAGCUCCUCCCCCAGUGUUCUUGCAGGCUGAUUCUCCAGCGAUAUCAUGUCCUUUCCAGCCCUGUCUUCAUCGCUAGGAACUCGUACCUAUGUGGCAGUGAACUUGGCAGCGGGCCGAGCUUCCUCAUUUGCCUGGGCAGAAUGAAGACAUUCAAAUGCUGUUUUAAAUAUCCAGCACAGCAGAAAGUUUUCAUCUUAUUUUUAACUCUAUGGCUGUUCUCCCUGUUGAAGCUUCUAAAUGUGAGGAGACUCCUCUUCCCUCAAAGAGGCAUUUACUUGGUUGAAUACUCCCUGAGUACCUCACCUUUUGUAAGAAACAGAUACACCAAUGUUAAGAAUGAAAUCAGGUAUGAAGUUAACUGUUCAGGUGUCUAUGAACAGGCACCUUUGGAAAUUGGCAAGAGUCUGGAAAUAAGAAGGAGAGAAAUCAUCGACUUGGAUGAUGAGGAUGUCGUGGCAAUAACCAGUGAUUGUGACAUUUAUCAGACCCUAAGAAGGUACCAUCAAAAGCCUGUUUCAAGGGAGGAGAAAAGCUUCCCGAUAGCCUAUUCUUUGGUUGUUCAUAAAGACGCAAUUAUGGUUGAAAGACUAAUCCAUGCUAUAUACAACGAGCACAAUAUUUACUGCAUCCAUUAUGACUAUAAGUCACCUGAUACCUUCAAAGUUGCCAUGAACAAUUUAGCUAAGUGCUUCUCCAAUGUUUUCAUUGCCUCCAAAAUAGAGACAGUACAAUAUGCCCACAUUUCCAGACUCCAAGCUGAUUUAAAUUGCUUGUCAGACCUCCUCAAGUCUUCGGUUCAGUGGAAAUAUGUUAUCAAUCUGUGUGGGCAAGAUUUUCCUUUGAAGUCAAACUUCGAAUUAGUGUCAGAGCUGAAGAAGCUCAAUGGGGCAAAUAUGUUAGAAACGGUAAAACCCCCUAACAGUAAAAUGGAAAGAUUCACUUACCACCAUGAACUAAGACAGGUGCCUUAUGAAUAUGUGAAGCUACCAAUAAGGACAAACAUCUCCAAGGAAGCCCCCCCUCAUAACAUUGAGAUAUUUGUUGGCAGUGCUUAUUUUGUUUUAAGUCGAGCGUUUGUUAAAUAUAUUUUCAACAACUCCCUUGUUAAGGACUUUUUUGCCUGGUCUAAAGAUACAUACUCACCUGAUGAACAUUUUUGGGCUACCUUAAUUCGGGUACCAGGAAUACCUGGGGAGAUUUCUAGGUCAGCCCAGGACGUGUCUGACUUACAGAGUAAGACCCGCCUUGUCAAAUGGAAUUAUCAUGAAGGCCUUUUGUAUCCCCGCUGUACUGGCUCCCACCUUCGAAGUGUGUGUAUCUACGGAGCAGCGGAAUUAAGGUGGCUUAUAAAUGAUGGACAUUGGUUUGCUAAUAAAUUUGAUUCUAAGGUGGACCCUGUCUUGAUUAAAUGCCUGGCAGAAAAGCUUGAAGAACAGCAGAGAGAAUGGAUUACUUUGUCUUCAAAAAAGUUAUUCAUGGCUAAAAGUCCCAUAAUCACAUCAUGAUAAAAUCAUGACAGAAAGAAGCUAUCUGAUAAAUGGAGCUAAUAUGGAACUGUGUGCUAUACUAUGCCCACUACCACGUGAGCUUAACCUUCUCAUAGUUGGAGAGGUGUCCAAAAUUCCACACAUAAGGCAAAAUGACCUAGGCUUUGAUGACAAUAAGACUGCCCUUGGUCGGGUGAUCUUUAUGUUUAUUUUUCCUCGUAAUCUUAUGGAGCUAAAUCAGAGAUCGAGUCAUAUGAUGCCCUCAAGGCUUACCCUAAUCACACUUAGUACUUUAAGUUUUCCACAUAGCCAUCAGGAUUCUACCGAAAAGGUGUUGGCGUGUGCGAUAAUCACAUAACUUUUUAAACCACCAGUUUCAGAGUACUGUUUAAGUGUAGUGACCAACUCUCCUCUUGUCUCUUAAUUCAGCUCCCUAGACUUUUCUUAACCUUUAGAAUAUUACACGGAGAGGGGUGCCUGGGUAGCUCGGUUGGUUGAGCGUCUGACUUUGGCUCAGGUCAAGAUCUCAUGUUGGUUCAUGGGUUUGAACCCCUCUGUCAGUGCAGAGCCUGCUUGGGAUUCUCUCUCUCCCUCCCUCUGUCUCCCUGUCUCUCUGCCCCCUGCCCUGCUCAUGCUCUCUCUCUCAAAAAUAAAAAAUUAAAAUUAAAAAAAAAAAAAAAGAAUAUUAGAAGGAGAAACCACUACCUCAGGAAAGCUCAAAGAAUGUCCAGUUUCCUGUUUGCCAAAGCAUAAUUUACCUAUUAGUGCCUCACUCUUUCAAUUUGGAGUCACACGACUCUGUCAGUGGGGCAUUUAUAGUGUAUGAAUGUUGGGGAGGUUGGGUGGGGGAGAGGGGAUUGGGACAGGUGGUGCCUGAAGAGAAACAAGGGGAUUUGCAGGAUUUUUGCAUCAUCGUACACAACGAUUUCAUGAAUGGUCUCCUUUUUUUAGUUCAAUUAUUUCUUUAAAACACAUUUAUUGAUGAAAAAUAAGAACUUGGUUAGUAGUUCUAAAUGUCACACUCCUGAAUGUUAAACCUAAGUCUUCUAGUUCAUAGAUUAUCAUUAAAAGUAUGGUUUUUUUUUUUACAGUGGAAUUGUUAUAAUUUUGUUUUAUGGAACCAUUAAGCUAAGAGCCACUGAAUUUUCUCAAAAAGAUUGUAUAAAAUAUGACAGCUUUCUAAAUCAACUAUUAUGGUCAUUUAAAAUUCUUGCUUACAUCUCCAAUAACUAUCCAAAUAGAAUCUAGACUUAAAAUGAUAAAACCUCUAAGUUCACUGAAGUCUUCUCAGCUUAGAUACAGAGAGAGAAAACGUUAAUUUUCUUAAGGACAUAGCAAGAAUUUUCACUAAUGGUAUUUUGUAAAACCUACUCCUUAGAAAACUACCACAACGAAUCAAAUAUACAUCUAUCUCAAUGUAGCUAUGUUGUGCUUGAGUUGAAAUGGGACAGGAGCAGAGUCCUGAGAACAGGCUGUAAUAUUUUUACGUCUCUUGGGAAAUCAUGGAGCUCAUGUAAAACUUUCUUCCUGAUCUUAUGUUUCAAUGUCGGCCGCAGAAUCUAUGUAUUUAAAUAUUUUCUAAAAUGUCUGUGUUCUCCAUGUGAAAUGCACUUUGCUUGUUUUCAAGUAUAUGAUACUGACUGCCAAGCGGGAUCACUAUUCUCCCUUUCUUCUUCUCUGGAACUCAUUUUUCUUCCUCCCCCCGCCCCCCAUUCCAAAUUACUUCAUUCUUCAGAAAACUGUGACCAAGCCCCUGUUCUUAAAAAUACGUCACCUUUGGACAGAGCUAAGUUCUGCAGAAGAUACUUAACCAUUUGUUAGCAUGUGUGACUGUGACAAGCUAAGUCACUUUCUAUGAGCCUCAGGUUUCCUGAUCUUUAAAGUGAACACUUGGAUGCUUACCCUGGCUUCCUCACACGUGUGUGUGUGUGUGUGUGUGUGUGUGUGUGUGUGUGUGAAUCAACUGAAAUAUGUGAACUGGUUUGAAAAUGGAGACAAACUAUUGACAAUAAAUUUCAGAGAGUAGUCUUAUUACAAGGCAAAACAGAGAUCCAACCCCAUUGUGAAACUUAACCCUUUACCUUUUCUGGAAAACCUCUGAAAUAUAAAAUAAGCCACAUUUGCAGGAGCAACUUCUGUAAAUGAAUCCAGGUACAAAGAAACCCCGGUCACCACAUCUGGGGUUCUUUUUAAGCCAAUAUGAUUAGCAGAUUGAUCCCGUGUCUUGGAUGGAGGUUAGGGGUAGAAAUGUUUUUCCUACCUUCUAGUCUUAAAUACACAAGUUCUCCCAGACAGGUUGGUUUUUAUGGCUUUGGUCAUCAGAAUAAAUGUAAAGGCUGAAAACUCGA